AAACCUUCACUGUGGAAGAAGCAGUUGAAGCUAUUGGUUUUGGAAAGUUUCAGUGGAAGCUGUCUAUGCUAACAGGAGUGGCAUGGAUGGCCGAUGCUAUGGAAAUGAUGCUCCUUAGUAUUGCAACUCCUCAACUGCGCUGUGAGUGGAGGCUCUCCAGCUGGAAAGUGGCAUUCAUAACAGCGACAGUGUUCAUUGGAAUGAUGAUCAGCUCCGCACUUUGGGGCAACAUUUCAGACAAGUACGGCCGAAAAGUGUGUUUAAUACUCUGCAUGCUGUGGACAUUGCACUAUGGGCUUCUCAGUGCUUUCGCACCUACUUACAGCUGGAUCUUAGUCUUGCGAGGCCUCGUGGGGUUUGGCCUUGGAGGAGCCCCUCAGUC